AUGGAACCGUCGACGUCUCUACCAAUGCGUAAUAUGUUCGACUUUACGGUCGAGGACUGGAUAAUUCACUUAGAAACACGAUGCUUAUUCGACCAUCGUCCCUGGAUGCUCAACCCCUCUGUCCCACACUACAAAACAAUGCAGAUAUUCCAGGCCUUCACAGAUAGAGUUAUUGCAGCCCUUCGACGGAACGAUGAUGCAGCCCGGGCACUCCUGCACGACGACAAGCUGCUGAACAUCUGUGCUGGCUUGCCGUGUUUCGACACAGAAGGCCAGGACAUGACUUUCCGAAAAUGGAUCAAGGAGGCUAUCCUGAAGUAUCCUCAUCGACGCACCCCAAAGCAACAUUUGUGGCUGUUCAUUGUUGACUUGCAGGAAGCAACGCCGACUGGCGACAUCGUCCUCGCGGUACAGCAAGCGGUAGACUGCCUCGACCCAUGGAUGAAUAGCGCUUGGGAUACUGAGAACCUCUUAGUAGAUCCGGACGAUAGGGACUACUUCUUCCACAGUGAGCAUACCGUGGAAGAUGCUGUGGGGGAACGAUGCGAGAUAAAUGGUUCGUGCCCGAUCUGCGCAAAUGACUUCGAUGAGGGUAUCCAUCGUCCACAGCAGGGACGUUGUGGCCACGUGUAUUGUCGGCAGUGCUUUCAAAACACGCUGAAGCACGCAAUGAAGACCGCCGAAGCAAAGUACACCUGUGCAUUCUGUCUUUGCGAGCCGGGACAGAGCAUCUGUUUUACAUCUGAUUCGCCUUUUGGAUUGCUUCCGGUGCAUUACUGGACCUUGCCUCUUGCUCUCACUCUUCUUCUUGUCAUCGUCCUUCUUCGUCUCUUCCCUAUCGCCAGAGCCGCUCCCACUUCCCUUGUAUUGACUGCCCUCUUUUCCAGGCUCAAAGACGGUAUUACCUACGAGAACGAUCGUAUCAGCUCAAAACUUGCUGGGCAUAUGCCGGGGAGUACGGAUGGUGGGGCACGUACAAGAAGCGCAAUGCGCGUAGCUGCCGUCCUUCGUCAGAUCCGCACCGGCUCCGCAUUCGGGACAUUCGACCAUUGUGAUAUGUGA